UUUUCAACAGGAUCAUGUGGAAGCUGAUAUUGACAAUAGGUGUGUUUUUGGCUAUGGCAUGGAUACCUUCUGUAUCAUCUUUCAACAUAAACCACCCCAUUGGGACAUUUGGGGGUGGUGGACUCUUUCCUGGCCAAAUUGUACCUCUGGGGUCUUUAGUAGGUCGACCAGUUCCAUUAAACCCUGAUUUAGUGAACUUCCCAGAUGCACACAAUCUCAUGCUCAAGUUGGAUAUAUUUGAACGACGCUUUGAUGAAUUUCACAAGAAUGUAAACAUGUGGAGAAAUGAUGAGGCGAUUAUCAUAUUCCUGAAAAACUUGAUCCAAAUGUUGGAAGAUCUCAAGGAUUUGCUGAAGAAGAUAUCUGAAAAUAUCCCAGCUGGAAAUAGUCUCAAUUUAUCGAUCCAUAAACAAAAAGUAUCAACAGAAAAAUUGUUGAAGCUAAUGAAAUCCCUACUCGAACAAUUUCAGAAAAUAAAUAAUACCUUAACGGAACUCCGCGAAUUAUUUGGAUCUGCUAAAGAAAUCUUGGAUACCUUAGAUCAACUGACUCAUUCUCAAGAAAGGCCCUGGAUUGGGCCACAGGAAUUCUCAAAGAGUCUAUCCAAAGCACUGAAUUGUAACUGUACCUCGGUAGAGAGAUUCAAACCCUUCAAUGAGCUGUUGAUCCUACUGAAGGGCUUAAUUGAGUUCAAGAAUUUUUAUCUGAAAAGGCUGCCAAAAAUAGACCCUGUCUACCAAGUGCUGAACAAAGAUGCUGGAAUACUGAAGAAUAUGAUGAAACACAUCCAGAGUGGAGUCUCAAUCUCAAGAGUAAUUAAACAGACGAUAAAACCAGGAAACCAAUUAAAAUGGACUGGUAUUCCUUCAACUGUCUGCCUAUGUGGAAACAAUCUGACUCCAUCAUCAUUCUACUGUGAACACCCAAAGUACAAAGGAUGUAACUGCCAGUCACCUCUGCCACAAUGCAUAUGACAAUGUAUAAAGGUCUAUAUUACACAUUGCAGUUAUACUGUAUUAAGUCUUCAGAACCUGUGGAAGAUAUAUCUUUCAAUCGAGGGAAUGCCCCAUAUCUAAAAACGAAUAUCACAUAACUAAUUUAUCAUGAAUUGCAAAUUGAAUAUGUUUAUUCCAUGGUCAAUAUGAUAUCUCUAAUAUCUUAUUGUACUUGCAAACUUAAGCUGUAUUCAUUCCUGGGGGUUCACAAUAUAAACCUUGACGGGGAUCCU